AUGAGAGAGUCAGAAACCAUCAAGCAGUACUCAGGCAGGAUAAUGGCCAUUGUUAAUAGCAUAAGGCUCCUGGGAGAAUACUUCAGUGAAAGCAGAGUUGUUGAAAAGGUUAUCACCACUCUCCUUGAUAAGUUUGAGUCUAAAAUUUCAUCACUUAAGAACUCGAGAGAUUUGUCAGCUAUUUCAUUGUUUGAGCUGAUAAACUCCUUGUAUGCACUUGAGCAAAUGAGGGCCAAUGGGCAGGAAGAGCAUCCUGAAGGAGCUUUCCAAGCAAAGGCCAAAGAAGGCUCAGGUUCAAACUAUAAAGGGAAGAAGCCUUGGCUCGAUAAAAGGGAGAAACUAAGGAGGGAUGCAGUGGAUAGUGGCUGCACACACCAUAUAGCGGCUGAUGAAAAGCUGUUUAAAGACAUUGAUAGAAGUUUUACCUCCAAGAUCAGAAUUGGUAAUGGGAACCCGAUUGAAGCCAAAGGUAGAGGAAAUGUUGUGAUCAACACUUGGUCAGACUCACAUGGUCAGGAGUUAGUCACAAUAACACUAACUGAUAGGUGUUUUAUGCUUGAUGUAAAUCAACUCGAAAAUAAGGCUUACACCAGUCUUAUUGAUAAUGCUGGGCGAUGGCACAAAAGGCUAGGCCAUGCCAACUAUAAAUCACUUGACUUGCUGCAUAAGUUGAACUUGGUUGAAGAUAUGUCUAAGGUUGAAGUCAAAAACACUGUUUGUGAAGUCUGCCAGCUUGGUAAGCAGGCUAGAUUGCUUUUUCCAGUUAACAAGGCAUGGAGGGCUCGAGACAAGCUUCAGCUGGUUCAUUCUAAUGUUUGUGGACCAAUGAAGACUCCUUCCUUGAAUGACAGUAAGUACUUUAUUCUGUUCAUAGAUGAUUUGACCAGGUUUUGUUGGGUUUACUUCUUGAAACAGAAAUCAGAAGUGUUUGAAGCAUUUAGCAAAUUUAAGGCUUUAGCUGAGAAUCAGACUGGUUGCAAAAUUAAGGCUUUGAGAUCAGACAAUGGCACUGAAUUCCUGUCUGAAAGAUUUUAG